AUGGCGCAAAACUACUCUUUCAAAUACUUCACCGUACAGUUCCCAGCUGAGAGCCCAUAUGUGGCUCAUGUGGAGAUCAACCGGGCAGACAAGAUGAACGCCUUCUUCGAAGCUAUGUGGCUCGAAAUGCGCCAGGUCUUCACUCAACUCUCCGAAGACUCCUCCGUCCGCGCCAUCGUUCUCAGUGGAGCUGGCGAAAAGGCAUUUACCACCGGACUAGACGUCAAAGCCGCCUCGCAGGGUGGCCCUCUCUCCAGCGACUCCAAUCUCGACCCCGCCCGCAAGGCAGUCCACCUGCGCCGGCACGUCCUCGAAUUCCAGGACUGUAUCACCGCCGUCGAGCGCUGCGAGAAGCCCGUCAUCGCCGCCAUGCACGGUUUCUCCCUCGGCCUGGCCAUUGAUCUCUCCACCGCAGCCGAUAUCCGCCUCUGCUCAAAGGACGUGCGCUUCGCCGUCAAGGAGGUCGAUAUCGGUUUAGCCGCUGACAUCGGUACCCUCAGCCGUCUGCCCAAGGUCGUUGGCAACUUUGGCUGGGUGAAGGAAGUUGCCUUGAGCGCGCGCAUUUUCGGGGCCGAGGAAGCUCUGCGUGUGGGAUUUGUGAGCUCUGUGUAUGAGAAUCGCGCUGCGACUAUCGCGGCUGCGCUCAAGUUGGCUACAUUGAUUGCGUCGAAGAGUCCUGUGGCGGUGCAGGGUACUAAGGAGAUUUUGAACUGGUCGCGCGAUCACUCGGUGCAGGAUGGUUUGCGGUAUACGGGUGUGUGGAAUAGUGCGGCGCUGCAGACGGGGGAUGUGUCUGCUGCUUUGUUGUCGGGUUUACAGAAGCGCACUCCUACUUUUGAGAAGUUGUAG